AUGUCAUUUCGCAAGAGGAAUAUAGGCCUCUCGUCUGGCACAGCCCGCGACCCUUCGUCGAAUGCGCCGGCCCAGCAUGUCAAACCAGCACCGAUGCCCGGGUUACGCCCCUCACCCGUCGACGGCCGUCAAACUACGUCCACAGGCACUCCCACUCUAGAUAAUCUGCUAGCCGGCCAUGCAGGAUUGGCCCUGGGGAGCUCGCUCCUUGUCGAGGAGAGCGGUACAACCGAUUUCGCCGGGGCGUUGCUGAGAUAUUAUGCAGCAGAGGGCGUCGUCCAAGAGCAUCGAGUUCACGUAGUGGGGUUUGACAGGCAAUGGGCAGCUACACUACCAGGACUUAUUGGAGCCACCGAAGCUUCUGAAAACAAGUCUAGUAGUAGGAGUAAGGAUGAUAAAAUGAAAAUUGCCUGGAGAUAUGAGCGGCUGGGAGGGUUUGGGCUUGGGAUUGCCGGCUCCAGAGUCCCGGCUGCAACUGCGGAUUCGAAUUCUGAUUCCCAGCAGCUCGCUCAGGGCAAUGCGCCAGCUGUAUUCUGCCAUGCGUUCGACCUUACAAAACGCCUAACCCAUCCGUCUAUCCCGUCCAUAAACUUCAUACAACUCUCAAAGCCAACCUCCAGCCAGGACUCGCCGUAUUCAUCCAUAACCCGACAGCUAUCCACUGCGAUAGAUAACUCGCCAGCCAAUACUGUCCACAGACUCAUCGUUCCUUCCUUACUUUCACCCGCCUUGUAUACACCUCACGCGAGCCAGCCCGAGCACGUCCUUCAAUUCUUACAUGGCAUCCGCGCCCUCCUUUCCACCCACGCACAUAGGCUAACGGCCAUGAUAACGCUCCCGAUAUCUCUCUAUCCCCGAUCCUCAGGCCUUGUCCGGUGGAUAGAAUUGCUAUCUGACGGGGUUAUCGAACUCGCUCCAUUCCCGCACACUCUCGACGCGAGCUCUUUGGCUAGUUCCGGGGCAGCCACAAAUCAGGAAGAGCCUCCGCAGGGAAUGCUCAAGGUGCAUCGACUUCCAAUAUUGCACGAGCGUGGAGGCGGCAUGGACAAAAAUGUGGGUGAAGACUGGGCGUUCACGCUGAGUAGGAGGAAGUUUGCGAUCAAGCCAUUCUCGUUGCCUCCGGUAGACGGUGACAACGAUGCGCAACAACACGAUGCAUCUUCCGGGCCUAAAAAGGCGGACCUGGAGUUCUAA